AUGCCUGUCCAUAUCAUUGAGAACGAAAAUCCCGAAAUACCUGCUUGGGGAAGCAUUGCAUUGGAAGUCUAUUUCCUCUCCGAAUGGGAUAAGUCUCACCCAGACCCCUCACAGUCCGAGUCCCACGCCGACCGUCGCCAAAGGCUUCUACGCCAAUUUCUCGCGUUGGGAUACGAAGGCAGACUGCCUUACAAGCCAGGCAAUUCACCACCCUCUCCUACUGAAGCCCAAAUAGAUGAGAUUCUUCGGCCGAUACGGCCUGAGGCACUGCGCACUUGCGCUCAUAAUACUGGUGCUGAAGUUGGCUGCUGGCUUCGUCUCUGCUACACCAAUGACGAGGGCCAUGAGGCUCUAUGGUCUGCCAAUGAAAUUGCAGAAUGGGUGACUUACGGGGGAGCAGUGCUCGACGAUGAAAGUUUAUUCAGUGGCCUGGAUCUGGCAGCCGCCCUGGAACUAUUUCCUGAGCGUGUCACAGAUGAGCGUGUCAAUCUUGGUCUCAGAGAGGAGAGCCUCAGGGAGGCUGUAGAUGGUGCUGAAAAUUACCCCUCUGAGGAGAACCCUCUUGGGAGGUAUGCUUUCUAUCAGGCCGAUUGCGUUGUUACUCAUAUCUUUGUGGAGGAUGAGGUGGCGGUCAACGGAGGAGGCUUGUUACAUGUAUUUUUAGAUGAUUGUCGGAAUGUGGUGAGGCAGUGGCGGGUGGAGGAUGAUGGAUCAGAGGAUAAUUACGAUGGCGCUUGGCAUGAGCGUCUUUGGAAAGAGGCCAUUAGAGAUGAUUGUGGAGAAAUUGGCCCUGCAUAUCAUGAGGGUGGAAGCCGAGGGCCCCCCUACACUCUUUGA